AUGCAGUUGACAAGAGAUUUGACGGUCCAGUUGGGGUCGUUGAUGGUUUUAUUCACAAUUUUGGUGGUGGUUCUAAAGAACUCUUCCGUAUAUCCUAUACUAUUCAAUACUCUCAUAGACACUUAUCAGUAUCCCCGCAAACCCGAUUUCCACGUGAGUCUCACCAGAUCUCUCAUAGGCGAUGUUUCUGAAGAAAGGCUAGGCCAUAGGCUUGAAGAACUGAGCCAACUCUUUCCUGAUAGCAGAUACUACAACAGUGAGUCCGGCUACAGAAGUGCGCUCUAUUUUUACGAUGUGUUGCAGGGAUUUACUCAGAGGGAUCGGGGAAGAUACACCGUGAGGAGAUUCAAACACAAUGGAUGGAGGCAACCCACUCUUAUAUUCCGAAUUCAAGGUAUACAUGAGCAAAUCGUUAUCUUGGGAUGUCAUCUAGACUCUAUGAACUUGAAUCCUUUCGCCAACGCUCCCGGAGUGGAUGACAAUCUUUCCGGUAUCGACGUGGUACUAGAGGCUUUAGAUAUUUUUACAAACGAAAGCAUAGUAUCGGAUCUGCCGGUGCUCCAAAACACUCUUGAGUUUCACUUCUAUGCGGCUGAGGAAGUCGGGUCUCUGGGUUCUCAGGAAGUCUUCAAAGAGUAUCGUAAAAACAAUAGGAAAGUCAUAGCCAUGCUUCAGCAGGACAUGACCGGAUACACCGAAGGAAGCAACAAGAAAGGAAUUGGUGAACAUUUCGGAAUAAUAACCGAUUAUGCCUCUGUAACGCUAACUGAAUUCGUCAAAAGUCUCGUUGAUCAGUACAGCGAAAUCCCGUAUUUAGAGACUCGUUGCAGGAAAGUUUGUUCCGAUCACGUGUCUUCGUUGAUGUACGGGUAUCCAGGAGCGUAUGCAUUAGAGUCAGUCGUUGAUAUGAGUAAUCCAUAUAUCCAUAGUGACCAGGAUACACUGGAAUGGAUCAAUAUUGGCCAUGUUAGGAAGCAUGCUGAAUUGGUGGUAGCCUACAUUUCUGAAUUGGCAUUUACUGAAGACUUGCCUUUGGCUUCCUCUGUCAAGGACUACAUGAGCUUCGGAUACUAUGAUUUUAUUAUAAUGUUCAGUAUGACUGACACUUUCCGAUUUGUAUGGUGUGUCGCCUUGCUUGCUACGUGUGUGGCCCUUGGAGGUUCUAUAUACGACGAUGUUAGGGGAGGGGAGGGAGUUGACCAAGCCUACGAGGUAAUCGCCCAUCACGAGUAA